UUAACCAACUCAAGAAGCUAAGUUAACCUUGGUUAAUUGACCCCCCCUUUCUUACCUGUUGUUUAGUUAAGAGUGGAUUGAAAAAAACAUAGGUGCAUAAAUAUUGGUAAAAAAAGAUAUUGGGGCUAAGGUCUAUUUAUAAAAGCAUACACAAGAUCACUACAGAAUUGGGGUUCUAAACGAAGGUUGGAACUUGGAAGUGAAAAAGUUGAUAAGCAAUGGUUCUGCUUGAGACACUUUGGGAUGAUGUUGCGGCUGGACCUCAGCCUACCCGUGGCCUCGGCAAGCUCAGAAAACUCAGUACUAAGCCUUUGGUCGUUAAGGAUUUGGAAGGAGAUGGAAGCAAAUACCAAAGAUCCACGUCUAUGCCAGCCAGUCCGGCAACACCCACCACUCCGGUCACACCUGUCACGCCGUUAACAGCGGCGCGUAAGGAUAAUGUUUGGAGAAGCGUCUUCAACCCUGGUAGAAACUUUGCUACCAAGACUAUUGGUGCUCAAGUCUUCGACAAACCUCAACCCAAUUCUCCAACUGUUUAUGACUGGCUCUACAGCGGUGACACCAAGAGCCAGCACCGUUAAGCGGUGGCUACGACGGCGGUUGAAUGUAAAUAGUGUCGUGUGUGGUGACGUGAGCCGGUGGGUUCUGGAUGUGUAUGUGAGAUACAUCUUCUAACUAGGUUUCUUCGCAUCCGAGUUGUCCCAAGCAAGUUUUUAUAAUUGUAGUGUUAAAUUUGUGUGAGUCUAUAGUUAAGUAGGGGUUAAGUGUGCUGACACAGCCAAUGAUGGGACGACUACUUCAUAUAGUCCGCCGUGCAGGGCGGUGAUAAAAUUGGCUCAUGAUUGCCGUUUAAAUAAAGAUGGUGUUUUUUCUGUCAUUGAAUAAGUUGAUAUUUUAUGAUGCUGAUAGCGCAUUAAAUUGUGAUAA